AUGUCCAGCCAUACUACUAGUCAACCCCGACGAGCUGCCAUAGCCCAGCUCUGUUCCACCUCCCACAAACUCCACAAUCUCGUCAAUGUUGCCAAGUGUGCCGGAUGGGCCCAGCGGGAAGGAGCUUCCAUACUGUUUCUUCCCGAAUGUUUUGGAUUCAUUGGGGAGAGUGGACGGCAAACGGUCGAACAAGCCGACCCACCCGUGGUAGUAGGUGAUGUUCCGGUAGAAUAUGCCAAUGAUGCUUCUAUCUCAGAGUUGUUAGAAACAACCGUGGCAGCAGCUGCCAAUGGAGAAACAUCAGUGGAUGAAUCUACGGUACCAAAUGACAACCUUUGCAUUCUGGAUGCCCUCAAGACCAUUGCCACCAAGUCGGGACUCUGGAUAUCUGGUGGAGGGAUGCAUAUCGCAGGGGCACCACCUGCAGAAGGCUCUAAUCUGCCACGCGUCUACAAUACACACAUUAUCAUGGACAAUCAAGGCGUGGUCAAGUGCUUGUACCGCAAGAUUCACUUGUUCAAUGUUCAUAUACCCGACAAGGUCAAUCUACGAGAAAGUGAUACCACGGCACCCGGAACGGAACUGGUCGUCUGUGAUUCGCCCAUUGGAAAAUUGGGAUUGUCCACCUGUUACGACAUACGCUUUCCAGAAAUGUACAUUCCGUUGGUGAACCAAAUGGGGGCUCAGAUACUUCUGGUACCCUCUGCCUUUACCGUUCCAACGGGAAGUGCCCAUUGGCAUACACUUCUCCGAGCACGAGCCAUUGAACACCAGUGCUACGUCUUGGCAGCAGCCCAGUAUGGAAGGCACAAUCACAAACGUGAAAGUUAUGGUGAGUUGCACAGAGCCACUCAAGCUCCUCGUAGUUCUAGUGCAUGGGUCAGCUGA